UGUCUGACUUGUGAGAAGAAGUUGAAUCACUACCGGAGUUUAUUCCAACCGGACAAUUUCGCGGACUAACAUGGUGUGAAUUGUCUGCGAAAUAAAGUUGCCUUGCUCAUUCUAUUGCUUGUAAGCAUCGAAGUCGAACGAAAGUGUCGAGUUCAAAUCGUAGUUUGCCGUCAGGAUAGUGAGGGAGUGACGCGCCAAAUUUGAAAUGAGCUCGGUUGUAAUUAGACUAGCGAAGAGCAGCUAGCAAAAAAGGAUAACUUUUUCUUGAUUUGGCGUCUUGUUCACUGUCAUAAGGGCCCGACGUCUUUAUAUGUAAUCCUCCUCUCAAAGAGAUGAGUCGAAAAACAAGAACCGCGGUCCUAGUGGACUACGUGGAUUUGGUUUCAGACGAGGACAGUAACAGCAUUGACAAUGAAGAGGAGUGGAAGCCACCCAAGCCAAAGUCAAUCCCUGGUGUCUCAGCUGCAGGUGAGAAGAGACCCUCCAAGAAACCCUCCAAACCCAGAGUCCCUAAAAGUGAGACUGCCAAGAGAGGCACAAAAGCCCCUAAAGCUGGGCUAAAGGAAGAAAAGCCUGAAAACAAGUCAAAUCUACAGGCCGGAGAUGUACAAUCAGGCUCAACAGAGUCUGGACCAAGCGUCAGGACAAAAGAGGAGAGGAUGUCACAUAUCAUCUCACAAUCAGAUACGGGGCCCCCUGAAGUCUCAUCAUUUGCCGACUUGACCGCAAAGAAAGAAGAAGAUGACGACGACUUCACCUUUGAUGAGCCUGCGCUGAAGAAGCAGAAGACAGGCUGCCAAUCGGCUCGCCCGUCCAAACAGCCGCAAUCGGCGAUGAAAGGGGAACUUGAUAUGAACUGGGACCCCAUUGAGGUGCUGUCCACACUGUCGUGCGUGCAGCGUUGGGUUUGCGCUAACGUCGUCUCGCUGCUGCGCGAGGAGAACACAGUGCCCUUCAUGGUGCGCUACCGCAAGGAGAUGAUCAAUCACAUGGACGCCGACGCCGUGCGGGAUGUCCAGCUGGUCUACGGAGAGCUGUGUGCUUUGGCAAAGAAGACCCAGUCUGUGAUCACCACUCUAAAAAAAGACGGCCUUUUGACUGCUGAACUUGAAAAAAGCCUGAGGAGCUGCCGAUCCGCCGAUGAACUGGAUCACGUGUACACGCCUUACAAGAAAGGAUGCAAGGUAACCAAAGUGAGGAAGGCAAAAGCACUGGGCCUCGAGCCAGCUGCCACUGCUCUGAUCGAGGCGCCGCACACGCUGGAUUUAAGGACAUGGGUUCAACCCGGAACAGAGGGUCUCUCGUCUGUGGAAGAGGUGUCAAGCGGCGUUCUCCAUAUCCUGGCCUACACUAUCGCCAAAGACCCUGAAACGCUCACCUACGUGAAAACAUUGUGUGAGAAUGACAACGUGAGCCUCCACUCGUCGGUGACCAAGACCGCCCUCAAGGAGAAAGAAGAGAAGACGGAAGCGAGCGACAAUAAGUCGGCGGCUCAGAAAAACAAAAAACAGGAUAUUGACAAGUUUCACCUCUACUUUGACUUCACCAGCACACUCCGGCGCGUCCAGCCUCAUCAGACGUUGGCCAUCAACCGAGGCGAGAGUCUGAAGAUUCUGACAGUCAAGGUGAACAUCCCUGACAGGGUGAAAAAGAACUUUAUAUGCUGGUGCAUCAACAACAGGUGGAAACCAAAAAUGUACGCUCGGGAUGACCAUCAAGCACUUAUAAAGGAUUCAGUGGAGGACUCUUACAAAAGGCUCAUUGUGCCUUUUCUCAGCAGAACAUUCAGAACCAACCUGACUAAAGUGGCUGAAAAAGAGUCGGUCGCCAUGUUUGUGCGAAACCUCCGCCAGCGCUUGUUGGUGUGUCCGGUUCGGGGCUGCACCGUGAUGGGGGUGGACCCUGGCUUCAGACAUGGCUGCAAGCUGGCAAUCCUCUCCCCCACCGGUCAAAUCCUCCACACGGACGUUGUCUACCUGCAUGGCUGCCGCAAUGAUAGAGAAGCGGAGAAACUGCGCCACCUUAUGGUCAAACACAGCUGCGGCAAGGUCGUCAUCGGCAAUGGGACGGCAUGUCGCGAGACUGAGGCCUUCUUCGCUGACCUCAUCGCCAAGUGCUACUUUCACCCCCUGGACGUAUCCUACUGUAUCACCAACGAGGCCGGCGCAUCCAUCUACAGCGUGAGCCCCGAGGCGAUUAAAGAGAUGCCCGAUUUGGACCCGAACCUCCGAAGUGCAGUGUCCAUCGGAAGACGCGUCCAGGAUCCACUGGCGGAGCUCGUGAAGAUCGAUCCAAAACACAUUGGGAUCGGAACGUACCAGCACGACGUUUCAUCCGCCGCUCUGAAGGCGGCGCUCGACGGCGUGGUGCAGGAGUGUGUCAGCUUCGUCGGGGUCGACAUCAACAUCUGCUCUGAGAUUCUGAUGAGGCACGUCGCGGGCUUAAACACAGGAAGGGCUCGCAGCAUCGCCGAAUGGAGAGAGCAGAACGGGCCCUUUGUCAACAGGGAACAACUCAAGCUGGUCAAAGGCAUGGGACCAAAGAGCUACCAGCAGUGCGCUGGCUUCAUCAGAAUCAACCAAAUUGGCCACAGCGCUGAGCAUGCGCCACUGCCAAUGCUGCCAGCUAAAGCAGUUGCCAAGAAGGUCAAAAGGAAAUGCAAUGUCAGCGUCGCCGCACAUGUCAAUCCUUUGGACCAGACCUGCAUCCAUCCAGAGUCCUACGAUGUGGCACAGAGGUUCCUUGACCUCAUUGGCGGCAGUGCCAGCCAGAUCGGCAGCGCGGAUCUCAAACGGAGCGUGGAGCAGAAAGUGGCCAAAAGCGGCAUGGACGAACUGUCCAAAAUGCUCGGCACCACUCCUGAGACUCUCGGGCUCAUCGUCGAUGGCCUCACCCAACCUCCCGGCUUUGACAUCCGGCAAGAUUUUGGGCAGGAGGACUUUAAGCGAGGCAUUGUGUCCAUUCAGGACCUACAUGUGGGUGCAGUCCUGACGGGCCGUGUGGAAAACACGUGUCUGUUCGGGGCUUUCGUAGACAUCGGCGUGGGCCGCUCGGGCCUCAUCCAUAAGAGCAAAAUUACUUUGGACAAACUGCCCGUUGGCCAGCGCCGCCGCAGCUUGGCCUUGGGACCUGGGGAGAGGGUGGAGGUGCGUGUGUUAAAUGUGGACGCUCAGAAGGGACGCAUCGGCUUGGACCUGAUCCGGCUGCUGCACUGACUUGCACUUCUUUGUUCUUCGGGGAAGACUUGCUUCCUCCAAUGAAUAAAAAAAUAAUCUUG